AAUAUUUUUCUUUGUUCUUUAAUCCUUCUUCCAAUCUUCAUUCAAUUCAGUGCUAUUGUAACAACAGCAAUAAAGUACUUUUUUUUUUUUCUCCAGCAUUUGGAUCACGACACCACCAUAACCACAACUCUUCCCCCGUUUCAACUUAAUUUAUCACCACUGCCACCGUUCAAGAUACAUACAUUUUAAAUUAAUCAGGAUGCAUUACUGUCAUAGCUGUCACAGCUGUCAGCACAAAGGACUUUUGUCCUCACAGAAGUGCCACCAUCUUUCAUCUUCAUCUACUUCUUCUCGCAUCACCAUCACUCUCUCGUUGAUCACGCUCACUCUGAGCUGUUUGAUUUCAGUCUCGGAUGCUCAAUCUUUUCAACCUGUCGGAACCCGUCGUAUUGGAUUCGCCACGAUCAACGAUGCAUUGUAUAUUCAAGGAGGAUACGACCAGGAAGCAUCCAGUCAAUUCAUCUCUCUGGAUCUCUCAACUUCCUGGACUACAUCCUCUGCUUCUUGGACUAAACUCCCUGAUGGACAAUCAAGUACCCAUUUAGCAUUGGCACCCAUCAGUUCAGCUUCCAAUGGAGGACCCAAGGGUACGAUUUUAGCCAUUGGAGGAGUGGGUAAAAAUACGGAAUUUUUCACUACAUUUGAUAUCGAUUCCAGUACCUGGAAUCUUCAGUCCACUGUUAAACCCCCUUAUCCGGAACUAGAAGGUCAUGCUGCUGUAUCAGAUCCUAAUACAGGAUUGAUUUAUAUCAUCGGGGGCUUUGGCCGCACCAAUUCCAACACGACUUAUAAUCAAUUCUCAGUCUAUGACCCUAAAUCAGGAAAGUUGGUUACUCAACAAUCUGCCUCAGCAGAUUCGAGUGUGACAGAUUUGACAGCAGCCUUUAUCAGUUCUCGAAAUUCAAUCAUCACUCUUGGAGGAACAAGAGCUCCUCCAGCGAGUGUGGCUGCAUUGGAAUCUGAAGAGUUCAACGAAUAUGAUAUUGCCUCAAGGACUUGGAAGACAAUGUCCACAUCUGGAGACAAACCUCCUGCUCGGUUGGAUCAUUGCAUGGCUGCUUCGGAGGACGGUUCCACGGUUGUUGUAUUUGGAGGCGCGGCGGACAAUAAUCUUUUUUACAACACGAUUUACAUUUUGGACGUCAAAAGUGGGAAAUGGAGACAAGGACAACCAGCCCCUGUAGCUCGAACGAGGAUGGCCUGUGCACUUCAUUCGCAUCAAUUCAUUGCCUGGGGUGGAUCCAGUGGAUCGGCCCGAAGCACCAUGCUCAACAGUUUACCUAUCGUCUAUAAUCUGAAUCAAGAUAAAUGGACAGACGAAUAUAGUGUGGGCGAAAAGAAAGAAUCAUCCAGCACUGGAACCAUCAUCGGAGCAUUAGUAGCGUUUUGUGCACUUGUUGGUCUAGGAGCUUUCUUGGUCGUCCGAUGGAGACGGAAAAAAAGAGAGGCAAAUGGGACCGCUUAUCGACCAGAUGCUUUCGUUGCGGCAGCAAGUUCAGAAGAUGAUUCUAAUAUUAAAGUACAGGUGUCCUCAUCUACAGUAGCUAGUAGUCCUCAUACUCCAGCGGCACCAGCAGCAAUCGAUGGAAUGGGUGAUGGUGGCUACCAUGGCUGUUAUGCUAACAAUGAAUACCCGCUUAACAAGAUGGAAGGCUAUCAUAGUCCUAACAUUCCAGUCGAUCCCCAACAGCAUCAGUAUUACCAUACACCUAUGGUUGCACACAAUGCUCCCGUAGGUGGAUAUGGAUCUGAAAAGUAUAUGGGCGAUGGUAGCCCGUAUGGUGCUCAUUCUAGCCCUUACAUGAUGAGUUCUCCAGCGACACAUUAUGGUGGUAGCGUUGCCGCCAGUGGAGUGCAAUCUCCUCCAACAGUGUAUCAGAGUCAUGCGAAUGACUCAAACCCAUUCGUGUCACCUGAUGAGUUCCAUUCCGGUCCUGGGUAUCACCAAAAUAUGCCCUCACCAAGCCCUAAUCCGUUUAUGGCCAGUUCUGCCUCUGUAGCUGUCAAAGCAACUGCAACUGAAUACUAUCACCAUCCACCACCUUCCAGUCAUUACAAUAGCAGCCACGUCUCCCCGUAUGAUCCUUUCUAUCAACAGGGUUAUCAAGCCUCUUCUACAACGUGGCCUGCUACAACGAUGUAUCCAGUACAACAGAGUCCAUCGCCAGGCGCGCGCGCUCCACAGGUGAUAAUUGAAAACAAUGAUAAUAACAGUAGUGUCGACAACAAUAAGAAAGCCAGUAAUGACGGAUAUGUCCCACCACCUCUGUAAUUAGACUC